AUGUCGUCCCCUCCAGCAUCCUCUCUUCCCCAGGAUGGGAAUGUUAUUAAUGCUAUCCCGGUUGGCUUAAAGGAGGCUGCCCUCGACUCCCCAACUUUUCGCGCUUCAGCAGUUCACUUUGCCGAACAGAUCGAUUUAGUCGAGAAAUGGCUGGACGGAUAUGCUAGGAGUGCCGGGAAGCUGGGUUCGGAGCUCUCGUCGCUCGAAGCCGUGGCCAACAACUUCAUAUCCUCCAUCCCAGCUCCAGUAGCCAUCUCGGAAGCUGUCGUCGAUCAUGAUUAUGCUUUACUUGCGUUGAAGCGGUGUGGAGAAAGCGUGAAAGAUUUCUGGGCUGGAGUGUUGUCAAAUGUCAAGAAGUCGGACAGUUUGAUUACUGAGCCUAUUCGAGCGUUUAUCCAGAAUGAUCUGCGGCAGUUCAAGGAAACUCGUCGUACGCUUGAGCUAGCCCAGAAACAGCAUGACAGCUUACAGGCCAAAUAUUCCGCCCAGGGCAAAUCCAAAGAGCCUUCAUCGCUGCGAGAAGAUGCGUUCCAGUUGCAUGAAGCUCAUAAGGCUUACUUAAAGGCUUCGAUGGACUUUUGCAUUCAAGCACCUCAGAUAAAGAAUACCCUCGAUAAGCUCAUAGUCCGCAUUUCUUUCGAUCAGUGGAGGGAGUUUAAGAUUUUGCGGGAUAACAAUUCUUCAACCUAUUUAAAAUAUGGCCAGGAGAUGGACCGCAUAAAAGGUUGGACGCAUGAGAUGGAGACGAGCGAGAAGUUGUCAAAGCGUGAUCUGCUGGCUGCGCGGAAGCAGAUCGAAGAAGCAGCUGAGCUCGCGGUUCGCCCCUCUCGUGAACUUGACGAUUACUCGGUCUCUACGGUACCGCACCUUGGAUCGCAUGGUCCCACUCCCCUUAAAAUGGCAAAGGACCACAGUUUCUCUCCCCAAAAGCAAGGAUGGCUGAACUUGAGAAUCUUAACGGGGAAACCGGCGAGAACAGCAUGGGUCCGGCGCUGGACCUUUCUAAACAGUGGUGUUUUUGGCUGUCUAGUACAAGGUUCUCGAACAGGUGGUGUGGAGGAGAGUGAGAGAAUAGGGGUUCUCCUAUGUAGUAUUCGUCCUGCGUUCCAGGAGGAACGCCGAUUUUGCUUUGAGGUGAAGACUAAAAAUAAUACCAUAAUGCUACAAGCUGAGACUCAGAGGGAGCUCACGGAAUGGAUCGGAUCUUUCGAAGCGGCUAAGCGAAAAGCCCUCGAUAGCCCCAGCCCUACCCCUUUGCCUGGAAAGCCCUCAGCCCAAGACCCAGCAUUCUCAAUUUCCCAACCGCCUGCACCUGAGUUUGCUGCAGAUAGCUUGGAGUCCCUCACGCCCAACGCAAAUGAUGAGUCUUCUUCCAUUCUCGACCGAUGCUCAACAGUUCAAGCUACUGAUCGAGACGGCCUGGCUGUGCGAAAUAGUACCGAGUUUCCAGUUGCAAGGCGAUCAACAACCCUCGAUCGUGAGAUGGAGGGUGGGAGAGACCAUGGAUCUAGGCUCAUUCAGAAGCUUGACAUUCACCGCCGCGCAGCAACAGGCUUACAGCAGUCUGCAACUUCGUCGCUACCAUCUAGUUCACCCGGGAUAGCUAGCCUAAUAUCUGCCAGUCACACUCUUCUACCUCUAAACGCAUCUUUAUCAGUUACCGCCUCCGAAAUCGAAAAUAAACCCAAAACUCUGGUGACCAGUAACUACAAUGCUCGAGAUUCACCCAUUGGCACUCUCGCGCCGCCAACGUUGGCGAAUCCUCCCGCCCCAACUAGUAUGAGUAGAGCAGCAGUAAUUGUAAGUAGUGAAAGGGGAGUUGGGAUAAGAAUGUCAGACGGGCUGGUAGGGAUACCAAACGGUAUACUGGCAAACCUUUGGGGAAGUUCAAAUUGGGGGUAUGUGAACAAGCUGGAGCGUAAAAAAUUAUCUACCUCAGCUGGGAAGACUAAUAGCCAGCCCAGCGGUUCCGUCAAUACUUCAUCAGGCAACACCACUGCACCACCAACUGGUCCUCAGCACCGGCAAACCGUCAGUCUUGGUGGCGGCGACUCAGGCGCCAUAGAGGACAGCGCUGCAGUCACAUAUGAGUACCCCAGUUAUUAUCCCGCACAGUUAAAACCACACGACUCCCAGUUCCGGCUCCUUUUACCUGGCGUACCAGCGGAUGAGGCUCUUGUUUUUGUAUUCCGAGCAAGUUUUAGCCCGAAUGGCCAGCAUGACUUCCCUGGACGAGCUUUUGUCACGACGAAAAAUAUCUACUUUUACAGCAAUCAUUUCAAUCUUGUGCUGAUAAACUGUGUCAGUCUUGAUCUUAUAACGGAAGUCACGGCCGCUCCGGGUAGAGAUUGCGAUUUCUUAUUCCUUCACCUGGCCCCUGACCAAGGAAGCGAUAUUCCAGGACGACUUACCAUAAAAACAUUUCUGGAGCCGUGGAAGCUAAUUCAAAAGCGAUUGAAUUACCUUAUUACGAUGACAUCUGCAAAAGAGCCAGCUAACCUUGAAGCCAUAUUCAAAACCCUGGUGAAAAUGGAACAGGAUAUUCCUAGGACGCCUAGUGCGGAGAGCUGGGAGGAUGUGUCCCCAAACACCCCAAUUGAUGGAACGCAUGAUGCCACCGGCAAACGUCCAGAGUCACUUUUCAAGCCGGCAAUACACAUCGACAAGAGCCUGGAUAUGCAUAAAGGCAAGUUGGGCCGUCAUAAUAACCAUCAUCUCGACGUACCUCGACUUAAGUUACCAUCUCACCCGGUGGAAUAUGUGCCUCAGGGAGCUCCUAAUUUGGCUGCGGAGAAAAUCUUUGACGUCAGCGCGAAAGCCUUGUUUCAUAUCCUUUUCGGGGAUAGAACUGUUGUUUGGCAGCUGCUGCAACAUCAACGGAGAGCCCAAAGACGGUUUCGACUCACUGACGUAUCUGACUAUCAGAUUAUUGAUGUUCAGAAUGGCCACUUAUGCUACGUUGUUACGGACAAACGGACACCCUGGCAUCUCCCAUUCAAACGUUAUUUCAGGCUGGUUAGCAAGAUUGUUAUUACCCAUGUUUCGAAGUCCAGAUGUAAACUUGCCAUAUUCACUAAAGUUGAAUGGUUAUGGGAACCAUACCUUAUCCGAAGUAUAAUCGACAGGCAAGCCAUGAACGAUCUUGAGCAAGAUGCACUUGAUCUUGUGGACCUUGUCUCUGAAGAUGUUAAAAGACUCGGCCCCCAUAACCAGACGAAAAGGGCUAUUGCCCAAUUUGGCCACAUAGGUCGCCAAAGUCAUGUAACUGAGUUCACCGAAGACUUACAAAUUUUGAAAUCAAGACUUCGCCGGCCUCUCAGACAGAGCGGCGUCAUCCCACUACUCCUAGAGACGUCCGGGUCCUUGCUGCAGAGCGCAGUUUCCUCCUUUAUGAUAUGGUUCUGGGCACUCAUUAGAUGGGUAUGGAAAGCAUUCAGUGCGCACAGCAUUAUACUCUUGCUACUUCUGUUCAGUGUUCUCAUCAAUGGGUUCCAUUCGUACAAUGAUACGCUUGAAUGGUGGCAAGAGCGCAAUGCAGGCAAUUUUAUGAGCCGGAUUGGGGUUGGGCCUAAUACCAUUAUGAGCAAGGCGGUGUAUAUUAAGGAUAUGGAUGCUGUGAUUGCCAAUGCGAGUGGGAUCGAAAUGAACAACUCAAGCUCCUGCUUUGCAACUUUCCAGGAAAACAACGCGCUAAAAGCCACAGAUAUAUCGUGGUUCCUUAAACCUUCCGCUGGCCGGGACACAAAAGCAAAACAAGCAGCACAGCAGCUCCAACGUACCAGGGAUCGUCUGGGGGUUUACCGGCACAACCUCCUCGUUGCAUUAAGGGUAGUGAACCGGAUAGAAAAAGAGGUGGUGCAAGUUGAGUGGGAACGGUGGCUUCAACAGGAGACGGAAAGGUGCCACAUCAUUGAAGUUAUGUUGAAAGAUCGUGAACAGGGAAAAAAUAGCGAUAACAGGAGCAAUGGUGACACUGACGAAAUUGUUAUGGGUUUUGGGAAACGGUUUGCUGCGGCGGAGAUAGAUGAUAUCUGGCAUUGGUAUACAGAUUAUUGUUUGAGUUGUCAGAGGGAGUUGGAGAGGACGCUUGGUCAAUAA